AUGCGCGGCAUUCUCCCAGGACGGCCACAGGCGAGGCUGCAAGCUGUCGCUCACGGCCUGUGGGAGGGCACCCAAAUAAUUACAUACAUAUCAGGCAAUGCGCUCAUAGUGCUCGACCGACCCAACCAUGUCAUACAGACCAUCUACAUCGACGAGGAAGACGAGCUCGAAGCUGUCGCAGUCGACGAGGGGACCGGCAAGCUCGCGGCAAGCUCGACACGCAAAAUCUACGUAUACCAGCCGUACAGCGUCGAGUAUGGGGUCUACAAGUGGUCGCUGCAGGGCAGCAUGACCCUCCCAGACCCUGACGACUCGAUCACGACGCUCUCAUGGGGCAUGCCAGAUGAGAUCCUCGCCGGCAGCGCAGCCCUCACGCUCUUCAACACACACGGCGACAUUGAGCGCAUCUGGACGAAGCAGCUGGCCAAUCCUGUCAAGUUCGCCCACUUCUCGCCCGACGCCGAACUCAUUGCCUCGACCGGCAGGUACGACCGACUGCUGAAGAUAUGGCGAAGGCUUGCGUUUGGCUCGACAGACCAGCGCUUCGAUCACUACUACCUGCCACACCCUCAGGCCAUCACGGGCAUACACUGGCGGCACCCGCACAAGGACCAGACCGCAGACAAUGUGCUGUACACGAUAUGCGCCGACCACAAGGUUCGGGUGUGGGUGCCUGGGGAGCAUCACGGCGUCGACGGCAUGCACUUGUGGACAGAAGUGGAUCUCCUAGGCUCGAUUGAAGAGAGGCUGGUGUCGCCGGACAAGCAGUCCAAGAAACGCUUCGCCUUUUUUAUCGAUGGAAAACACUUCACGCAUGCGACUGAAAGAGCCAUGGCACAGGCCUCGGCAGAAGAGAAGAGUCAUGGCGUUGCGCUGCACCACUUGAUCGAGGUCGCCAAUCGAAGCCCGGAGAUCUGCGUAGUGUUGGAUGACCAUGGCAACAUGUCUGCUUGGGGCUUCGAGAACAUUGGCGCCAGAGUCAAGAAGGUGACUGAUGUGUUCAACAUUGCGCAUGUGGAUGGCCUGCACCUGCAUUUUGCCAAAGAACCCAAGGCUCUGGAGGAUAAUGUCCAAUUCUACGCUUUCAUCGGCGACAAGCCCGAUUCCGAAUUCACGCUCCUGUCACACCACUUCGACGGCCGCAUAGAAUGGCUUGAAUCCCGAAUCGACUACCUCUUCGAUCCUUCUCCGCAAACGCAGCGCAUACAGAGGAAGGCAACCUGGACCGGUCAUUCGCAUGCCAUCAAGAAGGUCAACCGCACAGCAAGUGGUCGGGCGUUGGUCUCGCGCACAGUCACAGACGAGUGCAUAGUGUGGACUCAAAGACCGACUGAGCAUGGAACGACUCUGCAUCGACACAGCACUGUCAAGGUCCGCGAGCACAUCCACAGAACGGCAUUGCUGCAAGAUGGCGACUUCUUGGUAUUCUUGCACCACGACCACAUCGCACUGUGGGACACGAGAGGAGCUUUAGCAGUGGAGGUCACAAGACUUGAGUAUAAGCUUCAGGGAAAGCCUCUCUGCCUCCUUGCUAUCCCUGAGACAGAAGUCGGUGGCAGAUGUGUGCAUAUCGCGACGAUCAGUUCAGAAAUGAAGGGCAUUUGUUGGGAAGUCACCACGCCGUUGUUAUCACGAGAUCCUGCGACUAGUCGCAAACGGUCGAGCGUUGUGUCUCACACCAACGGCUAUACCAACAGACACACUGACAUCUCGCUCGAACAACACAGCACCUUUGACUUGGGAUCGGAGAAAGACCUCGCAUUCGUCCUACCCGUUGACCCUGCUGGUUCGGCACCAGUAAUAUCGGGCUUCCUCGACACUUUCGCGCGCGACGUUGCAAUCUCGUACAGCAAGUCUGGCGUCGUCAAGUCCUGGACGGCUCGUGUCGAUCCCGAGGAGCACAAAAUUGACUGGCUACUUACCUCGACCGUUGACACAAACAUACUCGACCCAUCGCUCGCGAGUGGUACAUCGAUUCGGAAAGCCGCGUUAGUCGACGCCGAAAAGACUACACUGACGAUCUGGAAUACUCGGAGUGCUCAGCUUGAGUACGAAGAAACGUUUGAUGGGCAAGGCGUCAUCCAAGAUCUCGACUGGUCCUCCACCCCUGACAACCAGUCGAUCCUAGCUGUUGGGUUCCCGCAUCGAGUGGUCAUCUACGCACAGCUACGAUACGACUAUCUCAACGCCGGACCAUCGUGGGUUCAAAUCCGAGACGUGCGCAUCCGCGACAUCACGCCUCAUCCCAUCGGUGACUCGGUAUGGCUGGGUAGUGGCAAUCUUGUUGUUGGCGCCGGCAACCAGCUUUUCAUUCAAGACGAGCAUGUUCAAGUUGAUGAAGAUUUGUUUCCGAGCCUGCGUAUGAUCUCGCGCAAGACGGCAUCGAUCAAUAUUUUCAAUGCAGUCAGCCGACUGAACGGACCGCUACCUGUAUAUCACCCGCAGCUCCUGUCGCAGUGCGUGCUGUCAGGGAAGGUCAUGCUUGUGCAGCGGAUCCUGCUCCGUCUGUACCGGAAGCUCAAGUUCUGGACAGAGGGCGAGGAGCUUGAAAGCUCCCUUGGCUUCGCAGCUGAGGACUUCUCCGAAGACGAGACGAUCAUGACAGCUUCGAAGAAAGAAGUACACUCAUCAUACAACGAUUUCUCAGACAAUGACGAUCCGGAAACCGUGACCGAGGAAGUUGCCGCUAACCUCAGAGACCUGCUGACCACCAAGCAAAUGCCUCUGCUAUCAAGUCGCGAGCAGUUCCGCCUCGCAGAUAUCAUAGAGUGCAUAGGCGUGGUCGAGAAGCAUCGGCGAUCCAUUGACGACAACGCAGGUCGCUUCAUGCUCUUCUUCCGCCAGCACAUUCUGAGCGAAGCGCAGAAGGCGCCUCUCUCGUGGCGCGAGAUCGUGUGGGCUUUCCACUCAGGGAGUCAGGACAUCCUGCUUGACCUUGUCAGCAGACAUUUCAAUGGGAAGAUGAUGUGGCAGCACGCGAAACAGUGUGGUGUCUUCAUGUGGAUGUCUGACAUCAACGCACUGCGCGCACAAUUCGAAGUCAUCGCCCGCAACGAGUACACCAAGACCGACGAGAAGAACCCCGUCGACUGCUCGCUCUACUACCUCGCUCUGCACAAAAAAGCCGUGCUCGUCAGUCUCUGGCGGAUCGCAACCUGGUCGCGCGAACAGGGCGCAACACACCGUCUGCUGACCAACAACUUUCAAGAAGACCGCUGGAAAACCGCCGCCCUGAAGAACGCCUACGCCCUCAUGGGCCGCCGCCGCUUCGAAUACGCAGCAGCCUUCUUCCUGCUGGCUGACCACUUGCAAGACGCCGUGCAAGUCCUGCACAACCAGCUGGGCGACACUCAGCUCGCCAUCGCCGUCGCGCGCGUGUACGGCGGCGACGAGCACCCCGUCCUCGUUGCCUUCCUCAAAGACAAGAUCCUGCCCCAGGCCGCGCGCGACGGAAACCGCUGGCUCGCAACAUGGUGCUACUGGAUGCUCGGGCGGCGCGACACGGCCGUGCGCGCGCUCGUCACGCCUCUCGAGCGCCUCCUGAGUCCAUCCGGGACGCCCAACCUGCAGGCAAAAAGCUACCUGACCGACGACCCCGCGCUGGUGGUACUCUACACGCAGCUGCGCGAGCGAUCGCUGCAGACGCUGCGCGGCGCGACCCAGAUCCUGCCGCACCAGGAGUGGGCGUUCGUGCUGCACACGGCUGCGCUGUACGAGCGCAUGGGCUGCGACGUGCUCGCCCUCGACCUCGUCCGUGGCUGGGAGUUUCUGCUCUCGCCGCCACCGAGGAGCGUCCCGGGGCGUCCGCGGCUGAGCCCGCUGCUCCCGCGCGACAGCUUCCGCGCGACAGGGCCGAACCAGGGUGCCGCUGAUUUCGACUUCGAUCCGCGCAAGUUGCUGCGCAGGAGGAGUAGUUUGGUGGUUGCUGACUUGCCGGCGAGGGAGAGUGUUAGGAAGGAGGUUAUGCAGCAUGAUGGGGCGGUUGCUGAGGAUGACGAGGAGGAUGAUGAUGAUGGUGGGGCAGAGGGUGGUAGUGAUGAAGACAGGGAAGCGGAGGGUAGCGACGAGGAGGGAGAGGAAGAUGAGAGCGAGGAAGAAGAACCGGCCAAGCCUGCACCCAAGAAGCCGCCGCCGACGCAGUUCCAGGAGCCGGAUGCGAACAGUUUGCUAGAUGCUUUCGGGUUUUAA